UUCAUAUCGUAGUGUCUUUGGCCUUGCAUUUAAUUGUAUAUAGAGAAAAAUAAUUGGUUUUCGUUAUUUUAUUGUAAGUUCAAGCAAACGUAGUAAGAUGUCUGAAUUGUUUGUUUGGAAGGAUAAAUUCAGCCGAGGACUUCGGGAUAAACAACAUCCCUGGACUCCUAUUUUUGAUAUUUUGGAAAACAAAACAGGUGUUGACCGCGUUUAUCUAUGUAUAGGCAUCAUGGGAUUUUUCCUGUUGUACAUGUUGUUUGGCUAUGCCGCACAGCUGAUGUGCAACAUCUUCGGAUUCGUGUACCCAGCCUACGCGUCGAUCAAGGCUCUGGAGACGCUGAAGAAGGAGGAUGACACCAAGUGGCUCACGUACUGGGUUGUCUUUGCCUUCUUCUCCAUCAUCGAGUUUUUCUCGGGCUUCAUCCUCCACUGGUUUCCCUUCUACUGGUUGCUUAAGUCCAUGUUCCACUUGUGGUGCUUCGUGCCCAUUGAAAAUAACGGGUCUCAAAUCAUCUACCAGCGGAUAAUCCGACCCUGGUUUCUGGGGCAGUUGGAUAGAACGGUUACCGAGUUCAAAGAUGCAGCCGCAAAAGCAGCUGCAGAUGCUGCGGCUGCAGCCAUGACCUCCGCCCUUCUCUCCGACAGGAAACAGGAGUGAUUCUGGGGGGAGGAGGGAAUUUUGUAUUUGCGUCUCGGCACGCAAAAGCGUUCUUCUACUCUUGUGAACCUAGCGCAGUCGCGCCAAGUGAUGAUCGUCCCAUGAACUUUUCACUCGCUUUGAUAUCUGAAGGCUGCAUGGAUCUGAAAAAUCUCUCAUUACAGAGCACGGUUUUGUUAAGUUUUCAAACUGUUUUCGCUGUAUUUUACUAUCGCAUUUAAAUGCAAUAAAUUUUUGAUGCUGAAAUGUUGA